AUGAAAGAAGACUUAUUCGUAUCAAGUGGUAAUGGUACAGGCGUGAGAUAUGACGAUGAGUGUUCGUUGGAUGGUAGUGAUGAAAACAGCGUUAAUACCGUUGAGGAGGGUGAAGCGAGAGACGAGAGUGACAAGAGUCAAGCGACUGAAGACAGUGACGGGGGUGACGAGAGUGACGAGAGUGACGAG